AAUAAACAAGAUUCAUAUUGCAAAGCGACCGCGUAACGUUGACUUCUCAGCUGCUGCUUUCGUUUCGACUCGUGUGUGUGAAAGUGCCGAAAAUGUAUACAAAUAGCAUUGAUUUCAAUGUGUAAAGUGCAAGGAAAACGUUAACAUUGCGCUCGACAUGUUUCCGUGUGUGUAAUUGUAGCCAAAAGGGCAUCCAGUUAUGAGGAGAACGCAGCCGCGCUAAAUUCUUUUUUAAUUAGUUUUAAUUAAGCAUAAAUAAGCUGCAAAACAAAAUAAACAGCCAUAGCCAUAGUCACAGCAGAGCCAACGAACGCUGGCAUUUACGGCAGUGGGGGAAAUACGAGUGUAAAUUGCAAUUAAUUUUGUGAAAGAAAAAAAUGUAAAGCAACAGCCACGGCUAAGGCAAUAGCAAUAGCAAUAAGCAACAACAGCAACAAGUGUGCGUGUGGCUGCGUAUGUUCAUGUGCGCGUGUGUGUGUAGGAAUGGAAUGCAGUUACGAAAAAAGUAAAUAAAUAAUUGAGAGCACGCCCGGAGCGGAGCCGGAGAGUGUUCGCGUGAGCGCCGAGUUGAUGCUGCUUUUCGCCGUCUUAUCGUCGUAGCUUUUAUCGAAUGUACAGUGAAAAAAAGUGGCGCACAAGUUAAAGUGAAAAAUGCUUUUGCAUAAGAAAUAAAGCAAUAUGGUGCAAUUGAACUGAUAUUUCAAGACACAACGAGAACAAAAUUCGCCAUAGUUAUUGAUUAGAGCAGUGCCUUACACUCUCUCUGUUUCUCUUUUUGACUGGACUGCAUAAAAAUGCCAAAUCUACAGCAACCACCGCCACAUGCGCCUCACCAACAACAACAACAAGCACCACCGCUGCACCACAAUCACAACGUGCAUCCGCACCACCACCCGCAGCACCACAGUGAAUUCCCAUUGCCCGAUGGCUGGGAUAUUGCCAAGGAUUUUGACGGCAAAACCUACUACAUUGAUCACAUCAACAAAAAGACCACAUGGCUGGAUCCCAGAGAUCGUUACACGAAGCCACAGUCGUUCGAGGAUUGUGUGGGCGAUGAGCUACCCGUGGGCUGGGAAGAGGCCUACGACUCAAAUAUCGGACGCUACUACAUCAACCACAUAGAGCGAACCACACAGCUCGAGGAUCCACGCCAGGAGUGGAAGAGCGUGCAGGAGCAAAUGCUUAGCGACUAUUUGUCCGCGGCCCAGGAUCAGCUAGAGAAUAAGCGUGAGAUUUAUGAUGUGAAGCAGCAGCGCCUACUGUUGGCUCAAGAGGAAUACAACCAUCUGAACAAACUGGCGGCCAGUCGCAGCAGUCUGUGCUCGUCGUCCAGCUCCAUGAGCAGGCACGAUCCUGAAUUGCUGCGCGCCGAUUUGAUGUUGGCUCGCGAACGUGUCCGUCAAUUGAAACAGGAACUCACACACAUAACCAAUGAUAUUUCGUACACGGAACGGGGUGUAAACACCCUAUAUUCAGUGGGCGAGAAGAUCAAUGCACGCCAGAACGGUUGCUAUGACAUCGCCGAAGUGCAGGCCAUACGCGAGGAGAUGCUAAAGGUGCACAAGUCGCUGGUGUCGGGCGAGAAGAAGCGCGAGGAGCUGAUGCGCUGUCUAGUGCAGAUCAAGAACGAGCUGAGUCGCCAACAGAUCAAUGAGGAGAGUACAGAGCUCAUGAAUGCCGCCUCGCCCUUCGAUCGCGUCUGCGUGGCAUCGCAGACAGAUCUAUGUGGAGCCGGCGAUAACGCGCUAAACAGCGGCGCCCGCUUUGCUGAAAUGGCCAAGACGAAGCUGCAAUACGCCGAGUGGCGCAAGCACAUCAAGAAACUGCAGCAGCAGCUGGCAGAUCAUGUCGAACGCAUCGAGCCCGGUCAAUUGGAAUCGGAUAAGGAUCGCAUUCUGCUCAUACAGGAGAAGGAGAAGCUGCUGAAUGACCUGAACAGCAUCUCGCUGAAAUCGCGCAGCCCAGGGGAGAAGGAGGUAAUACAGCAAACGCGCCAAAAGCUCGAGGAUGAUCUUCGUGAAGCGCACGAGGCAACCAACACAUGCAUUGCGAAUCGCCUGCGACUGCACGAAGAGAAACAGCUGCUGCUCGACAAGCUGCAGGAGGCCCUUAAGUCGACCAAGCUGCUGGAGGAGCGUCUCAAGUCCUUCUCAUCGGAGAGCACCUUCUCCAUUAGCAGUGGCUCCAGUCUAGGCUCCCUGUCAACAGCCAGCAGCAAGAGCGCCCUGAGCUUCACGGACAUCUAUAUCGAUCCGUUUGCCGUAGACUCGCCAAUCGAUGUGGUUGACCUGCAUCGACGCUCGCAGCGUCUCUUCCAGCAGCAACAGUUACAGCAACGGCAGCAGCAUCAAUUGGCCUCGCAGGUGCAUGCGCCGCUACAGCAGCAGUCCUCGGAGGUAUCUUUGUCGCCACGCAGCAGCCUGUCCAUGGAGACACCACCUGCAUCGCCAAUGAAAUACAAUGCAGCCGCGGAUCUUCAGCAGCAGUCACAGCUGCAGCUGAAGGAGGAGCCCACCUAUGCCAAUGCGAUGCCACCACCCGCCUACCCUUCGACUCCAGCUGCCAUCGUCCCAGCUGCCAUCGUUCGUGGUGGUCAUCCCUACGAUCUAGACUCCACUGUGCUUGACUGCAUGAUGCUCGAGGCUAAGCUGCAGAAACUUAAUAUGUCUUCGCCGCUCAAUCUCGCAGCGCCACUGUCACCCAUCUCCGAGAAACCUUCACUGCUGGAUCUGCCACAGGAAAUGCUCAGUCGAUCCUCCUCCACCUCAAAUACGCGUCCAGUCUCGGCGGCCGUUAGCAAUGAAUCCGUAGCUGGGGAUUCGGGUGUCUUUGAAGCAUCGCGCCAUCUGCCGCGCAAGGAGCUUGCCCAGGUGCAGAUAGGUCUGAAGUAUCUGAAGCAAGAAGGUGUAUUGGUCGUCUCGCUAGAACGUGCCAACAAUUUAUCCGCUCUAUGGACAGCCACCACGGACAACUCGCAAGUUUAUCUGCGUGCCGCCUUGCUGCCCAACUCCCUCACUUCCAUACGCACAAAGGCGCUGUCGGACUUCCAGAAGCCCGUCUUCAAUGACACCUUCGCCGUGCCCAUUUCCCUAGACAAGCUGCUUACCAAGAGUCUGCAGGUCACUGUGGUUAGCAUGACUGGCCAGAAGGAGGAGAUUAUCGGCACUGUACAAAUCAGCAUGGCCGAAUUCAACCCCGACGACUCCACGCUCAAGUGGUACAAUGUGCUGAGCUCAAAGUUCAUGCCCACCUUUGAAACGCUCGAAAUGCCGUCGACCAGUGCUGCUGCCGCCGCUGCGGCCGUGGCCGCCACACAUACUUCGGCUACACUUGCGACUGCAGCAAACUGCAAGGAAGAAUCUUCUGAUGAGUCAACCAUAACCUCGUCGCAGACGUCGACUCUGACUCGCAAUCAAGCGCCGCCCUUGGAGCUGCAGGCCCAAAUAGCCGAGGAGCUGCCCGAACACGAGAAUCUUAAUGGUGAGCAGUGCAGUGACGAUGAAGACGAUGAUGAUGAGGAAGAAGAGGAGGAGAAUCUUGUAGGUGGCGUCGUCACAACGCAUUCGGCCUGCAUGCUAGACGCCUAUUUGGAGAACAUGAAGCAGGAGUAUGCCGACAAGGAAACCAAUACAGAUUGCGCCUUUCUGCCAGAAAAGUCGCGCGGCCAGCUGCUGGAUGACAGACCCGUCAAGCGUUCGCAGACCUUCACCCCCUCGGCGGCUGUCAGCAAGAAUCGCUACACGUGUCGCCUCAAUCGCAGUGACUCGGACUCGGCCAUGCAUUUUGGUGUAACGCCUCACACCUUCCAUCGCGGAGCCGCCGAACGACGCUCGUUACGCUUCCACACCAAAGCGUCCAAGUCAGUCUCAAAACUACAUCAUACUCAGAUUCCACGCACCAGCUUGGACUUGGAGCUCGACCUGCAAGCGCAGCAUAGUAAGCUGUUCUUCCUCAAUGAUCAAAUCGCCAAGCUGCAGAACCUCAAGGAAGUUCUGCAAAAGGCAGCCGACAAUAAGGAUCCCCAGAUUGCUGCCUGGGCCAUUGAAAACGAGGAGUUCCAGCGCCUGGUGGCACGUGCCGAUCCCUCCAAGUGUCCAGAGGAGCGCCAGCUGCAGAAGCUGCUCAUGAAGACCGCCAAAGAAAUACACAAAUUGCGCAAGACGAAGGUGCCCAAGGGUUGUCCGGAUUUGGUGUCAUUCAAAGAGAAAAUGACAUUCUUUACGCGCACAGGCAUGGCCGUGCCUGAACUGCCCACCGAAUACACAUUGCCUGAUCCCGAUGCCAUCGAGGAGGAGGAGGAGGAAGAAGACGAGGAGGACAAAGCUGCUGAGACAGCCAUUGCCAUCAACAGUGCUCUGGUUGCCAGUAACAAUAGAAAUAAGAAUCUCAGUGAGCAUCAUCAUCAUCAUAAUCAUGCGGGCAGCCAAGCGCGUCGCGAGCUGACUACUGCCGUGGCCAACGCCUCUGGAGGAGCGGUGCCCAAACAGCCUAUCCUGAGCAAUGGUACUGCUGCGCCUGAGGCACCUGCCGAUGCAGAAAACUCAGAACAGCAGCGCUACGACUAUGUCAUCGAUCGCACCUAUGGCGUGGAGGUUUAGAGCAGUCUCCCACACUCCCACACUCUUCUGUACAUUAUUGUAAUUAAUUUGAUAUUUAUUAACUCAUUUUCUUUGUUUCUAAGCCAUUUGGAAUGUUUGCGUUGCGCAUAAACGUAUUUAUGUAUGUGUAUGUGUAAAUGAAAGAUGAAAGCAACUUAAACUAACCCUAAACCUACAACUGAUGUAACAAAAACGUGUGCCUUAUGUAGUAGAAUGAUGAUGAAGCAGCUGCAACUGCAGCAGCAAAUAUGUAAACCAUACUUUUAGAGCCCUAAGCCUACAUAUGUACAUAUUUAAAUAUAUAUAUGUAGAGGAAAUACAGUCAGUUGUAAUAAUUGACUCUCCCAACGACAGACACAGACAGACAGAUAGACCCUGUAACAAAAUCAAAGCAGAGCAACUACACUAAAUCCUUGACGCUCCCACAAAACGCGCACAUUGUGCGUUCAACCUUUAAAUUCAUAAAUUCAUAUUGAAAUCAACUGUACUCUUAAGACUUGAGCAAACUAUACGAAUUGUAAAGAAUAUUUUUUAUAUGCAUAUACAUAAUAAUGAUAAUAAUUUUUAUGAUAGUUUUAAGUGCAGCUGCUCUAUCUAUCUAUAGGUAGCGACAAAAAUAUAUAUUAAACCAUAAGUGAAGGAAACAAGAUGCAAACAUAUUGAAAUAUUUAUUAUACAUAAUGAGUGAAUAUUACUCUAUUGUUAGUUAGUUUAGUUAGCUUGCGUUUUUGUUAAGCUCAAAACGAAUUCUUAUAAUUUUUUUUAUAAAAAAAGAAUAUGAAAACCCACAAAAAAAUAGUACGUGUACCAUAUAUUAAUUAAGCAGCGUCACUAUGUCUGACAAUCUAUUAUAGCUUUUAGAUAUAUAUUUAGCAAUUAGUUGAAACCCGCCCCUCCCCAAAACUGAGUAGCAAAAACAUUGUUAUAUUAAUUAGUAGCAUGUAGGAAAACAAGCGACCCUGUUAAACUGUUAAAUUAAUUGCCCUGGAAAUUGGCAAAGAGCGCGGCUUUUGUAUAAGAUGCAGCCUAAAAAAGAAAUUAUUCACAACUCUUGUUUAGUGUUAGUUCUUGUAAGUUCUUGUGUAAUUUUAGCCUUUGGCUUUCAUCAGCCAACCAAGUGAGUUUCUCCGCUCCAAGUUGUUGUCUAUGUUUAGAAUCGUGUGCUUGGCAUUUUGGCCAUCCGAUCACGGCUACCAACUAUUAACCUAACCCCCUCAAACUCAGUAAUGAUAGCGGACAGCGAGAGCCCACAUAUUUUUAUAUAUAUACAUAUAUGUAGUAAUUUAGAUGUAAUAAAUUAUAUGAAAGUGAACAUGUAUAUUGUAACUGUGCAAUAAACAAGAAAAAACCUGGCAUAACUGAA